AUGGAUGUUGGGUUAUUGUCCAAAGAUAUGAGGCCUUUAAAGUUAGGUGGAAUCGGGUCUACGGGCCGGGCCCAGGCCCGGCCGACUUUACCCAUCUGCCGAUACAUAACAAUAACUCUUAAACUUGCUCAAGCUAUUGAAAAAAAUUCACACGGAAAUAUGCAGAAUGCAUAUAGUGUCUAG